AUGAAUUGCAUGUACGGUCUUCAAUAUGCUGACGAAUCCACCUCUACUGGCUACUUCUCUAAGGAUAAACUAACUGUUUCUCCCACCGAUGUCUUCGACGGCUUCCUCUUUGGCUGCGGCCAGAACAACACAGGUCUCUUCAACGGCACGGCGGGAUUGCUCGGCCUCGGUCGCGAUCCUCUCUCCUUCGUCCACCAAACCGCCGGAAAGUAUCAAAGAAUCUUUUCCUACUGCCUCCCUUCCACCCCCAGCGCCGUCGGCUACCUCAACUUCGGCCACAGUCCCAGAUACUCCUACGGCAACGUCAAAUACAUUCCGUUCUCUUCCACCUUGAAGAACUCCUCCUUAUACGGCCUUGACUUCGUCGGAAUAACCGUCGCUGGCGUCAAUAUCCCCGUCUCUGCCUCCUUCGGCACGGUCAUUGACUCUGGUAGUGAAGUCAGCUGGCUCCCUCCGGCGGCGUACGGUGCCUUGAGAGAUGAGUUCCAGAGGCAGAUGUCGAGGUACCCGAAGGCGGAGCCGUUUGACAUACUGGACACGUGCUACAAUCUUCGUGGGUACGAGGUUGUUCAGUUCCCGAAGGUUUCAUUGUCGUUCGGAGGUGGGGUGAACGUGACGUUGGACUCAACAGGGAUUCUGUACGUAGUGAGCAAAGAACAGGUUUGUUUAGGGUUCACUGCGAUUAAGGAUGAUGGCGCUGACGUGGUUGUUAUUGGCAAUACACAGCAAAAAACACUGGAGAUAGUGUACGAUGUUGAUGGUGAAAGGAUUGGGUUUAGACCUCAGGGCUGCAAAUAA